AUUUUAUAAUUCAAAUAAGCCAUACAUAUAUAAACUCUUUACUUUUAUAACAAAAUCUAGUAAGAUCGUGAUGUGGAAAUGUAAUAACAGUUAACAAACAUUAAAUUGUUCGUAUAUGGCGAGAGCGAGAAGACGUUAAGUAGAUACUUAGAUACAAAAAUAUGAAAAUAAAAAACAAUCAGAAAUUUGCACGUCUCCGUUAUACAAUAUAAAAUAUUAUUUUAUUAUCUUCGAUACCUCGAUCGUUCUGAUUGUCACUUGAUAGUAGCGCAAGAGAUAUUUUUAUAUAACAUAUGUCUUCCAGACAAGUAGUAUUAAUCCAUAUAAAAUUUUCUAUUUGUUUUUAAUAAAUAGAUAAAAGAUAAUAUAUGUGGAGAAGAGAAAUCAACUUAAUAAAUAAUGACAAGUGACUAAAAUAAAAAAAAUAUUAACAAUCGACAGUAUCGAAGAGAAUAAUAAUCAAUAAGUCGGCUAAGAUUGAUGCACGAACGUAUUUAUAUAUGCAUUUGGUGGCCGUUUAGAUAUAGUUGGUCAUUUUUACGUUUGUAAUGUGCCAUUUAUUUUGGAUAUGAUGUUUUUGUAUCAUUUAUAUACUCCAUUAUCAAAUAUUAUAAUGAUUUUUUCAAAAAAUACAAGUAUAUUAUUUAUUUUUCAUUCCUGUUAGAAAUACCAUGUAAAAUUCUUAAGAAAUUAGUCAUAGUAAAAAGUACACAGUUUCCAUUGAGAAAAAUGGGUAAGAUUAAGUUAUUUUAGACAAGCAGGUAUGCUCUGUCAAGUGAAAGUGCUGUCCUUAAUCGGUAAGGGAUGAAAUAUCAAAGGAAGAGAAACGACGCACAGAAAUGUACCUGCAAUUGUGCCUGUACUAUAUAAGCGGAAGGUACGAAAAUAUUCGUCAUUUGCCGAACUACGUUAAACGAACAAGAACGGUUGGAAAAGUUCGUGUAUUUCACUGAUCUACAAGAACGAACAUUCUCGUUAAAGUAAAGUGUAGAUUUACAUCAAAGGAAUAAUGUUUCGUUUUUUAAUAAUAUCUACAUUGAUCGGCUUCGGAUUGGCGGGUUUGAUCGUAAAACGUAACACCGAUUUUCAAUCAACUGAGGAACCACAAAAACAAUUGCAACAAUCGACGGUCAAUCAGAAACAAAUCGAUAAUCAAUUGCAAACGUAUUCGUAUUUGCAAGGAAGUCAAUUAUCUCCGCUAUUAUUUCAAUACCCAAGCUAUCCUGAAUAUUUAAAGAAUGAAGAUCCUAUUCAAUCAAGAUUAGAAGGAUCUCAAUUUCCGAUAACAGCAUCACCUCAAGAAAAGCAUGAGUCUUCUGGAUUCGCAACAAGCUUGAUCCCUUUGGCUACAAGCAUUAUGAUAUAUGGAACCCAAUUUGGUGCCUACUUGGUAUAUUUCUUAAUUGCUCUUGCUGUGGGUGGUGUUAUUACUAUUCUAAUAUGCACUUUCACUCCCAUCUGUGCAAAUAGUAUUUUAGAUCUCUCACUGUACAAUUCUCAGAUGAAAGAACAAGUCGCGGAUCUGGCACGAGCCUACAUUACACCCGAAAGCUUAAAUGCAGCUACCGUGUACAUUUUGAGGGCUUACAACAAAUAUAACGCUAUGCAACAAGAGAAACGCGGUAAAUCAAAGUAAUGAACGAAAUACCAAUAAUAACGAUUAUCGUUAUCACUUAAAUUUGUUAUUGUUGUAGUUAUCAUAUUCGAACUUGAUCAAAGUUUCUAUAUUCGAUUUUUUUUAUUUAUGUUUCCUAUAAUGAAAAUGCAAUUGUAAUAAUUUUCAUCGUGAAUAAACUUGAACAAACAUCAUAUUCUUUUUUCGAAUUUCUUUUCCACUUUCUAAUCCUUAUCUCAUAAAUAUUCUAAUUUUUCCUUUUGGGUUAUACAUUCUUUUAUCAAGAUCAAUUUCAUGUAUCAUUGUGGUCAGUGACAUUGUAUAAAUAAUUAUA